CAUGCUUUGUAUGAAAAUUAUUCAACAUGUCGCUGGCAAGUUUACUACCGGCUCCGGCUCACAGGCCCUAUCAAGAGGCCAGUGACGAUGAUUUGGAGCGAGCAUACAGUCAAAUGACAACAGUAGCCGUGUCUAAGAAGCAGCCACCACCUUAUGGACAGAGAAGAAAUUGGAUCCCCAGAACACAAGAGGAUUUUGGAGAUGGAGGUGCUUUUCCAGAAAUUCAUGUGGCUCAAUUCCCGUUGGAUAUGGGGAAAACCAGAAACAAGGGAACAUCUUCGGCACUUCCUGUUACGUUAGACUCUGAAGGAAGAGUGAAAUAUGAUGCUCUUGUACGUCAAGGACAUUCAAAGGACAGAGUGGUCCACUCACGCUUUCAAGAUUUGAUUCCGGCUCAAAUAACCAAAGAAGAUGACCCUGAAUUACAACGACCAGAUGAUGAUGAGAUUGCUGAGACAACGGAGAGGACACGACUUGCAUUAGAGAAAGAAGUUUCAUCCAAAAUAGCUGCAGCACAACCAACUCAUGUUCCUCAGCAACAAGGAGGUGCUCAGUAUAUCCGAUACACGCCGUCACAGCAAGGACUGUCAUUCAACUCUGGGGCAAAACAACGAGUCAUUCGUAUGGUGGAAGCACAGAAGGAUCCAAUGGAACCUCCUAGAUUCAAAACAAACAAAAAGAUCCCUAGAGGACCCCCAUCACCCCCAGCUCCUGUCAUGCAUUCACCAAAUAGAAAGGUGACAGUGAAAGAACAACAGGAUUGGAAAAUUCCACCCUGUAUCUCAAAUUGGAAAAAUGCUAAGGGGUACACAAUUCCUUUGGACAAAAGGCUAGCGGCAGAUGGUCGAGGUUUACAGGAUCCACAUAUUAAUGAUAAGUUUGCAAAACUUGCGGAAGCUUUGUACAUUGCAGACAGACAGGCUCGUGAAGAAGUUGAACUUCGUACGCAGUUGGAAAAGAAAGUUGCUCAGCGAGAGAAGGAAAAACAAGAAGAAAAGCUAAGAAAAUUAGCACAAAAAGCUCGCGAAUCAAGGGCUGGAAUACAAAGUGCAUCAGAGAAAUCCCAUGAUGAGCGAGAGCGUGAUCAGGUGCGUUAUGAAAGACAUAAAGAUCGCGAGAAAGAGCGAAGAAUUGCCAAAGCAGCUCCUGAUAAGAGGUCAAAACUUCAACGGGACCGGGAGCGUGAUAUCACUGAGAAGAUUGCUUUGGGAAUCGCAGGCGGCGGCUCGCAAUCUCACGAAGCUAUGUAUGACCAGCGGCUGUUCAAUCAAAAUAAAGGAAUUUCCUCCGGAUUUGGCGAAGAUGACAGCUACAAUGUUUAUGAUAAACCCUGGCGUAACUCAGGAAGUACGGCUAACGCUGUGUACAGACCAUCAAGGAACAAUGAUAAGGAUAUUUAUGGCGAUGACAUCGAUAAACUCAUGAACACGGACAAGUUCCAACCAGACAAGGAAUUCGCGGGAACCGACCGAAAUGUACGUCGAGAUGGUCCCGUGCAGUUUGAACGAGAUGAAGAAGAUCCGUUUGGACUGGACAAGUUUCUUACGGAGGCUAAAAAAGCUGGGAAACGAACCGCAGAUGAUCCAAGAGGCAGCAGAGACGCGGACAAUCGUAAAAGAAGCAAACGUUAAUUGAGGAUGAUGUCGUGCUUCUUGGGAAAUCGCACGGAGCAAACUGGAGCUCAACUUUAUAGCGCUCGAUGCGGGCUGUUUGUUCAAACAACCUGUUCAGACAGCCUUGAAAUACUUACGACCUAGAACGCUUGUAUAGAAUGACUAAAAUGUGAAAUAUUUUAAAGCGAAAACUCGAAGACGAGGCAAAGGAAGAUUGCGCCAUUUCUUUGGCUACUGUAUACAGUUCUUUUAUAAAAGAAGAAGUUUGAUAAUGUAACGUUUUAGAUGGAGGGAAAUCGUUCAUAAUGCAUCACAAUCUUUACGGAUAUCUGUUAAUAGCAUGUAUCUCUUGAUUUCAUGAAUUUCCAGUGUCAUUUCCUUGACGUUUGCGUCUUGACAAGAAACACUAGGAAAAUGUGCCAAAAAAUUUAUAUAGAUUACAAAUAUUUUUUGUGGAGGCAAAAUUAAAAAAAUGUCCCAACCAGUAACGACAGCAUUGCACUUUUUGGGUGAUAUGGACAAGAGCAUAGAAUCAGUGCUAAAAAAGCUGGUCAAGAGAAAUAUGUGUUAAGUAGAUUUCUGUCAAUGUAAAAUAAAAUCUUGUAAGAAUUGUUGGUUUGUAAGGUUGCUGCAAUAAAUACAAAUAUAGGUACGUAAUGCGUACUUUUGUAAACAAGCC